UCCCCUUGCUUCAGGACCAUUUGCAGCAGGGGCGCAUCAGAUGUUGAAGGCGUGCUCUUGUAUAAUAUUAUAUUUUAACUGCGUGACUGUCGUAGGAGAAGUGCAUAAUGUACGGCUCUAGAAAUUAAUAAAAACACGAGAGAAGAAGUUCAGAAAACGUUUUUAGUUUUGCAAUCGUGGGUCUGCUUAAUUUUAGUUACCACAUUGCUUUAUUCCGCUGCUGUUCUUGCAACAGAAAGCAAUAGAUUCCCUGCGGACUGUAAUUUUGGAGGCUUCUGCCACGUCUUGGACAGCGCUGGACGUCGAUCAGUUGUUCAACUCUUUGGACUUGAAGGAAGAAACGUAAUGUUUUAAACGUUAGCCAGAUCGGGGCCAGGAAUGGAAACAAAUAACAGUCUUUUCAACUAAAUAACGAAUGGUGGGAAUUCCAGUCCCUAUUCGAAGCCACACUGAGAAAAACUUUAUCAUGCCAGACUCACCUGUGGAUGUAAAAACACAAUCCAGGUUGACUCCACCCACUAUGCCACCACCUCCUCCCACACAGACAGUACCCAGGACCAGCUCCUUCACUCCCACUACGUUAACCAAUGGAAACAGUCACUCUCCCACCACAUCUAAUGGAGCACCUUCUCCACCCAGCAGUUUCAGCAAUGGACCUUCCUCCUCCUCCUCUUCCUCUUCUUCCUCCUCUUCUUCGCUGGCUAACCAGCCGCUCCCUCCAGCGUGUGGCGCUCGGCAGCUCAGCAAGCUGAAGCGCUUCCUCACCACUCUGCAGCAGUUCGGGAAUGAUAUAUCUCCAGAAAUCGGAGAGAGGGUGCGAGCUCUGGUGUUGGGUCUGGUGAACUCAACCUUAACCAUAGAAGAGUUUCAUUCCAAACUGCAAGAGGCAACAAACUUCCCACUGCGACCCUUUGUUGUCCCAUUUCUGAAGGCCAACCUGCCUCUACUGCAGGGGGAGCUCCUGCACUGUGCACGGACGGCUAAACAGAACCCAGCCCAGUACUUGGCUCAGCACGAGCAGCUACUCCUUGACACCAGCACCAGCUCGCCCCUGGACUCGUCUGAGCUGCUGCUGGAUGUCAGUGAGAGCAGCAAGAGAAAGUCCCCAGACAGAUCCAAAGAGAAUGGCUUCAACAGGGAGCCGCUGAACAGCCAGCCCCCCAGCAAGAGGCCGUGCACGAUGAGCCCUGGCCUGCGUUUCAGCCCUAACAGUGGCCCCCCCUACCAGCCCAAUGGCCUGCCCCACCCGACGCCCCCAGCGCCUCAGCACUACCGCCUGGAGGAUGUGGCUCACCCUUACAGGCACCUCGCCCAGAGGGAGCUGAGGGACCGCCACAGGCAGAUGGGGAUGCAUGGAGCACGUCAGGAUGGUGUCAUCGAUCACCGGCUUAAUGACAGGGAAUGGGUGGAGGAAUGGAAGCACCUUGACCAUGUAAGAAAACUGCUGAACUGCAUCAUGGACAUGGUGGAGAAGACACGGCGCUCACUCACCGUUCUCCGGCGAUGCCAGGAGGUGGACCGAGAGGAGCUGAACUUCUGGAUCCGCCGCUACAGCGAUGCUGAGGACCAGAAGAAGGGGACAGGCAGCAACAGCGCCCUCUCCAGGCAGCAGAGUCCAAUCAGUCAUGAUGCCACCACACCAGAAAUUCACAGGGAGUUAUUCCACAGAACAGGGGUGGGAUAUGUUCCAGAAGACAUCUGGAAAAAAGCUGAGGAGGCUGUGAAUGAGGUGAAGAGGCAGGCCAUGUCAGAGCUGCAGAAGGCCGUGUCAGAGGCAGAGCGCAAGGCCCAUGAGAUGAUCAGCCUGGAGAGAGCCAAAAUGGAGCGCACGGUGGCUGAUGCCAAACGGCAGGCAGCCGAGGAAGCCCUGUCCCUCAUUAAUCAGCAGGAAGACUCCAGUGAGAGCUGCUGGAACUGCGGGCGCAAAGCGAGUGAGACCUGCAGCGGCUGCAACGCAGCGCGCUACUGCGGCGCCUUCUGCCAGCACAAGGACUGGGAGAAGCACCACCACAUGUGCGGCCAAACUCUGCAGGGCCAGAACCAGGGCCAACCGCAGAGCAAUGUGCCCGCCUCCAUCAGCUCCACAGCCACGCCCCGCAGUGGCACGGCUAGCCCGGAAAGCCCGCCCUCUACCAUGCCCCGCUCCAUAUCGCCCUGCCCUGUCACACUGGUCACGCCCUCCACCACAGACAUCACACCACGUGGAUAACCCCUCCCUCUAAAUGGUCUCACAUUCCUGAU